GGCUGCCCCAGAAGGGAUGUGCAUCCCCGGCUACUAUUGCCCCCCAGGACAGACCUCCGCCACACCUGCUUCCCAUCGGUGCCCACGUGGAUUUUACUGCCUUCAAGGAUCUGUGGCUCCAGCAGCUUGCCAGAUAGGAACCUACCAAUUGGAGGAAGGGAAAGAGUCAUGUGAUCUCUGCCCAGCUGGGUUCUUCUGUGAAUCAUCCAACCAAACUGCUGCUAUCCAGGCCCCCAAGCCAUGCCCUCUGGGGCAUUUUUGCCCCCCUGGCACUACAUCUGGCACAGAACACCCAUGCCCCAGAGGCACAAAUGGACCCAAGACUGGUGCUGCUGAGGAAUCUGACUGUCAGCCCUGCCCAGCAGGAAUGUACUGCUCCUCUCCUGGACUGUCCCAACCGACUGGUCUUUGUCAUCAAGGCUACUAUUGCACCAGGGGAGCAGUCAACCCUGCUCCCAUGAGACACAGGGUGGAUUCUGCCAGCUUCCUCCUAACCGGGAAUGACAUCUGCCCUCCUGGGCAUUUCUGCCCCAAUGGGACUGGAUAUCCCGUUCCUUGCCCACCUGGCUCCUUUUCCGCUUCUCUGGGUCUGAACGCAGAGAGCGAGUGCCAGCCUUGCCCAGCUGGACUCUACUGCAGCCAAUCAGGGAUGUCUGAUCUGUCCCAGAUGGCGCCAUGUAAUGAAGGGUGUGUUUGCCUUGAGGGAAAUGCUGCUCCCUGCCCCAGCGAUGGGAUUCAUGGGUACAGAUGCCCUAGAGGAUUCCGUUGCCCUGAGGGUGCCAUUCUGGAAGUUCCUUGUGAGCCUGGCAUGUUUAGCCCCAUGGUCGGGGCCAGCUUCUGUCUCCCUUGCCCAGCGGGUACAGCUUGCCGUUAUGCUGCUACUGUGGAGCCACUCAGCUGCCCCAGAGGUUACUACUGCCCAGCCCAGACAGCCAUUCCUUUGCCAUGUCCUGCUGGGACCCUGAACACCCUGGAGGGGGCGCUCUCCUCCAAUGCCUGCAAACCAUGCCCAGUUGGGAGGUACUGCAGUGGAAAUGCUAACUGGGAACCUGAUGGUCUGUGCUCCUCUGGGUAUUACUGUUCAGGGGGAGCCUCUGAUGCUGUCCCACAGAGCACACCUGAAUUUCCUCUUAAUGGGCCCUGCCCACGGGGGCACUAUUGUCCAGAAGGCACUCGGUUCCCUGUUCCCUGUCCAGUGGGCACUCUGAAUAAUGUUACAGGAGGUUCCUCUCCAGACUGCUGCGUCCCAUGCUAUCCAGGAUUCUUCUGUGCCGGAGUGGGUUUAAGUUCACCUACUGGACAGUGUGCUGCUGGUUUCUACUGCCCGGCAAACUUCAGCUCCUUCAGCCCAACAGCAUUUCUCUGCCCUGAGGGGCACUUCUGCCAAUCUGGGGCUGCCUAUCCAUCCCCUUGCCUCAUCGGUGAAUACCAACCAAACCGGGGCUCAGAAGGCUGCCUCCCAUGCCAAGCAGGCUUCUACUGCCAUGAGGCUGCCACAGGGAAGCCCAGACGCUGUCCGCCACAUUCAUAUUGCCCUGAAGGUACUUUGUUUCCUUAUCCAUGUCCCGAUGGCACUUUUACUCCCAUGGAUAUGUCUGGCCUUCAGGAGGAGAGAGGAUGUUUUCCCUGUCCUCUGGGUCACUUCUGCAGGAGAGGACGAGUGGAAGGGAGAUGUGCUGCCGGAUUCUUUUGCCAAGAAGGGAGCCCAGAUGCCACCCCACAGGGCCAUAACUUUACCUGGAGCCCCCUGGCAGACUGCAUCUGGGGUCAGGUGUGUGCAGGACCCUGCCCAGCAGGAUUCUAUUGCCCAGAAGGCUCAGAGGCACCCAUUCCUUGUCCAGAUGACACUAUUGGCUCUGCCCCAGGUGCAAGACAAAGAGAAAACUGCCUGCCCUGCCCACCAGGCCGCUGGUGUAAAGCAGGGGAUCCAGUAGCCUACCCAUGUCCUUUUGGGUACGACUGCCACGGAAUGAAUCACACCACCCCUGGUGGACCCCGGGCCCUCCCACAGUGCCCAAGGCAGGCUUUCCGAAUAGAAAUGGGGACUGAGAACCCUAUUGAUUGCCAGCCCUGCUCAUCAGACCAUCUGUGCGCGGCCACAGGAGCCACUGCUUUUAGAGACUAUCCCUGUGCUCCUGGCCAUUGGUGCCCAGGAAAAAGAGAGGCUUUCCUUUGCCCACCUGGCACCUUUAGGACCCAGCCUGGUGCUACAUCUUUGGAGGACUGUAACACCUGCCCUUCUGGGUUUUACUGCCCAGACCCAGCUAAGUCGGGGGUACCAAACAUCCAGGGCAUACCUUGCGAACCAGGCUACGAAUGCCCACCAGGUUCACCUAGUCCUCAGAUAUGCCGGCCUGGCUCUUACUGCGGACCUCGCACGGGGGUUCCUCCCCUGUGUCCAGUUGGGUAUUACUGUCCGGAAGGGUCAUCCACAUACAACAUUCCGGGGCAGCUGUGUGUCUAUCCCCACUACUGCCCUCUUGGCAGUGCGCAUCCACUCCUGUGCCAAUCCGGUUACACAGCCCUGAACACGACAGGCCUGAGAGACUCCUUUGAGAAGAGCUGCAGGGCAUGCGCGGCCGGAACCUAUGGUGGCAACCUGGAGACCAUUCCACCUUGCCAGCCCUGCCCACCAGGAUUCAGCUGCCCUGAAGGUACUGCAAGUUACCUCCAGCAUCCUUGCCCCCAGGGGUAUUAUUGCCCAGACCUGACCUCUUCCCCCGAGCCCUGUCCUCCUGGUACUUACGGCAACAGCACCCUAGCAAAGCGGCUGGAGGAAUGCCACCCCUGCCCUGCUGGCUCUUUCAAUCACCUCCCAGCUCAAACCGGGUGUUUUCCUUGUGGCAGUUCAUCAACAUCCAAUCCAGGUGCUACCAGCUGUACCUGCCAUGGUCUGAAUCGGGCUUUCCAGGAGUCUGAUGGCUCUUGCAUUUGCCAGGUGGGAUACCUUUACUUUGACGAGAGAGGGAAGAAAACACCUGACAGCAACAGCGACCAGGACUGCCAGCCCCAGGUAGAGGAGCGCUGCGCUCCUUGGGAGGUCCGCUUAGCAUCCACCCGCAAGUGUGUGUCCCCUGAGCACUAUAACUGCUCUCUGGUCUGUGGUCCAGCAAGUGGUGAGCUCCACGCUGAACUUGGCAUGUGCCACUGUGAGCAGUACAUCUCCGCUGAAGAGCUGUGUGAUCGGCUAUGCCUCUUGAGAGCUCCACAGGUUUCCCUGAGAUUUGGUCCAGAGAGGGAGCUGCUUCUAAGUGUUGAUGGGACUCAAGAAAGAGAGCUACCAAAUACCUUGGGACCCGAUGAACAUGUGCAGAAAAGCCAGCAGGUGCAUUUGGCUCUCUUUGGACCCAGUGGAGUUUUUGGCUUAUUGCUUUUCAGCCCAGACAUGCUGGACACUUUCCUGGCCGGAGAUUCAGAGCUGCCUCCUCCGCGGCAGAGACGUCGGCGGGAGGGAGAGGCUGCGCAAUCCCAACAUGCUCCACUCUUACCAACAAUUCCAAACCCUGUUGCAUGUCUGGCUGUUGGGGAUGCCAUCCUUUUCCAGCUCAGCAUCAAUCCCUAUGACCGCCUCACUAGUCACUACCCUGUCUAUCAAAAGCAGCACCUCUACAACAGCAACCCCCACUGGGAUUUUGGUGAAUUCAGAAGGCUGGACCACCUCAUUCGAGAAACUCAUCUCAACAUCUCCAGAUUCUCCCAUGUGUUCCUUGAGCCUGGGACGUAUGUCUUCCGGGAUAAUGUCAUUGAAGAUCGGAUGCUGAUUGUGGUGGUGAAUGAGGAGACUAUGAGCUGCAACCCCCUUGCAGCUCCCUUCCAGCCUUCAUCUCCAUUCCAGCUGGCUCGGCAGGGGGUCCUGAAGCGCCAGGUGUUGAAUGUUGCCCCAGACUGGGCAGCUAUUGCAGCUGUGCUUUUCAUCCUGGGGUUCCUCACUGUGGUGCUGACAGCCUUAGUUGUUCUCCUGAAGCAUCCCAGCUCCGCUCCAAGCCCAAUGAAGAGCUGGAAGCCGCGAUGGAGGAGCUUGGGAGAGCCACACAUCCCCCCGGAGUAUGUGCUCAUUAAAGAGAGCAUCCAGUUCUAUGAAGCUCUUGGCUCCCAGGGAUCUGGAGAAGAACCUGAUGCAGGAGAGGGAACUUUCCCAGGAUUAGGUGACCAGUUUGCAACAAAAGACCUGGAAGAUUUCAGCGUCCGCACUUUGUAUGACAAGCUGGAGGACCAGAACCUUCACCUGGCAUCGCAGCUGGCAAAACACCGGGCAGACGUCCUGGCCUUCUACCGAGGCAUCAGCCAGAAGAUCCAGAGUCUUUUGGAUCUGGUACAGACACUGGACAUAGAUGCAUUGAAGGGCAUGGAAAGGUCCCCAGUCCCCAGGGAUAGAGCCCAGGUCACCUUCAGCUCAGCCAAGGAGACCCAAGAAAGUGAGAGGUCCUCCAUCAAGCUUUCUGGAGUCGUGCAAGCAAUGGGAUACUCAGGUUCUGAGUGGCAGGAGGCAACAGAGUUAAUGAAAAUCCUGGGGAUUUUGCUGCGAAAAAUCCAUUUUGGGAAGGUGACGGCGAAGCCAGAAGGGGCACAGGGGCACAAUGGGGCUGGUGGAUCUGGCCUGGCUAUCCGAGAGCAAGCUGGAACUCAGCAAAGAUGCCCGGGUACUAGCUCCCUGACACAGCGUGUGCUCUCCAGUGGAAAACAGGCCUCCCUUAGCUCUCGUGGCCAUGAAGACCAAGGGUUGGACCUGCAGCCUUGCAAGAGCAGCAUGCUUGCUUGCGUAAGCGAGCUGGAAGUAGAGGCCCUGAUGGCGACGUCCCCCCUCGCCAAGACCCUGGGCGAGAUCAAGCAGUUUUUGGAGGCGUCCCAGCAGCCCCCGCACUCGCCUCCUUCUCCAGGAGAAAACACAGAUAAUGGCCGCCUUUCUUCAGGACCUUGUGUUGAUGCUGUGGUCCCCACUGACCUCACCAGCCUCUCCCCUCGCCAUUUUGUGGUUUACCGUUUUGCCUGCACUGUCACACGACUUCUGGGAAGAGCCUUCUCCUUGCCAGCGCUGGUUCUCCUCUUGGCUCAAGCAGUCCCCAAGCAAGGCCCUACGGAGGUUCAGUUCGCCAGAGAUUCCUACUAUGAUGCCACCAACAGGUUCCUGUACAUACUUUCAUCACACCUGGAGAGUGCUGGGGGCUUUGUGACGGUGCUGCUUAAUGCCAUGGCACACAUCAAAGCAGGCUCUAAGGAAGCUAUUCCUCCAAACGUUGGCUUUUGGAAAGAGCUCAACACAGCAGUUGCUGCCCUAGCUGAUGCCUUUUUCCAGUGUUCUUGGGGAGCAGAAGAGACAGCAGGGAAGAAUCCGAUGAAAAAUUGCUCGCCUGUUUGUUUAGCUGCUCGGUCGAUUUUUGAAGAACUGCUGAGUCUCCGAAUGUUGCCUGACUCUCGUUUCCUUGAGCAGCACCCACAGGAAAGGUGGGGCCAUGUGAAGAUUGAAUUGCUGGAGGAGAUACUGGAUGGCUUGAAUGAGGACUUCUUCCAGCUGACAGUGCAGGCCUUAACAAUCCAAGAAGAAGAGGAACAUCUGGACCGCGAACUCAGAGCACAAGAGGAGUCACCCUCAUUUGCAUCUACAAGUUGUCUUCCUGAGGAGAAAGCACAGCACUUCUCGGAACAUCUGGAAUCUUGGGCUGCCAAGAGAGACCAAAGUGUGUUGCUGGAAAUCAAGAGAAGUCUCAUUGUGCAGAGAAUCAAAGACGUUGAAUCGGAACUGGCUCAUUGUCUGAAAAUCCAUCAUGGUGGCCAUCUCAGCAGCUGAGAGGAGACUGGACAAAAUUCUGCACCAGCAAGGAGCAUUUGGUUGGCUGUGUUUAUUUCUUGCUGGAGUGAUCAACCCUUUACUUAAAUACCUAACUCUUUUGGGACCUAAAGUAUUGCAGUAGGAGUGAAUCCAAGUAGCAAAUUGGAGGCAACUGUUUUGGGUACCAAAUGGUUUUAGGGCAUGUAGAUUACAAUCUGGGGUCUUCUUAUCAUUUCUUUUUUUAAAAUAUGGGAUCAGAGAGAAGGGGCUUUCAAUGGCAGUGAGGGGAUUUCUCAACUUUCAUUAUAACUUUCAGAAGUUCACCAGUUUGCCUGCUACUGCUCCUUCCUUUCCAGUUAGUAUCUAGGAAGGAAUUUUUAAGUGCCCAAUGGAUGUGCAUCAUUGAUGUGUUGUGAGCAAUAUCAUGUGAGUAUUGUGCAGUUACAGAGUUAUAAUCCAAUGUGCACACGAUUUUCUUUGUCCUUGCCAGUUUCAAAAGAAUAUAGGCAAUAACUUUUUCAAAUGAGAAGGGAAGCCAAAAGCAAGGCUUCAUCAUUGCAGGUGUCAAAAAUGAACAGAAGGAAAGGUGGUUAGUUCUGGCUCAGGAUGACUUUGCAUGAAAGAGAAGGAAUGUAUGGAAUGUGUACCCACAGAGAGGAAGUUUGAGAAAUGGCAGUUUUGUUUACAGUAUCACAAAAUGACAGUUCUGAAUUAAUCUGAUACACACCCAAAGAAUUAGGUGGACACCUGAAAGGUUGCAGAAUCCAUAACUGCUGCUCUGAUGGAUGCACUUG